UCUCUCUUACACACACACACAAAACACACACAGAGAAGCGCAGAGAGACAGGCCCCAGUUGCAGAAAAAAAGCGAGAGAGAUGGAGAAGGUUCUGUGCCAGAGGAUCGGAUGCAAUUCGAUGUUCUCCGAAGACGAUAAUCCAGACGGUUCCUGUACUUAUCACGAGGCCCCAAGAUUUCACGAUGGAAUGAAAGAAUGGAGCUGUUGCAAGCAAAGGAGUCAUGAUUUCAGUUUAUUUAUGGACAUUCCUGGUUGCAAGACAGGAAAACACACAUCUGAAAAACCGGUGGCGGCAAAGGCAGCUGCAGCUCCAAAGCGACCUGUUCCUGUUUCUGCUCCAACUCCAGUGGCCAAUUUGUCUUCAAAAGAUUCUUGUUCUAGGUGCCGCCAAGGGUUUUUCUGCUCUGACCAUGGUUCACAUACCAGACAACUGAAUCCAAAGCCUGCAAGUAGUGAAACUAAACCGGAUAUCCAAGAAUUCCAACCACCUCAACCAAAGCCUCAACCGAAGAACGUUGUUGAUAUAAACCAAACUCAAAUCUGUAAAAACAUAGGUUGUGGUCAAAGUUUUAAAGAGAAGAAUAAUCAUGAUACUGCAUGCAAUUACCACCCUGGCCCACCCGUUUUCCAUGACCGAAUGAGAGGGUGGAAAUGUUGUGACAUACAUGUUAAAGAAUUCGACGAAUUCAUGAGCAUAGCACCGUGCACAAAGGGAUGGCACAGUGCCGAUCCAGCGUAGUCGUAAAAGCCCAAAGGUUUCGUUUCUUUCUCCAUUUUGAAAUGAUUUAUCUAAAUUGGAAACUUAAUUUAUGCUGCAUUUAUCAUGACUGUACACCCCUCUUUGAUCAUAAUCUUCAUAUUUAUUAACUAGUGACCUUAAUCAUCUUUAGCCUGUUUAACUCCUUUAUUCAUAUGCCACCAAAUUAAAUUAUAUAAAUGGAAAAGAAUACAAGUAGUUA